AUGGCUUCCCCCGACGGCCCCCAGCCCACGCGCGUCGGCUUCAUCGGCCUGGGCGCCAUGGGCUUCGGCAUGGCCUGCAACCUCCUCAAGAAGCCCUCGUACCGCGUCCAAGGUCACGAUGUCUACGCACCGAGCGCCGAAAGGUUCGUCGCCCAGGGCGGUUCUACCGGCGAGUCGCCCAGAGAGGUGGCCAAGACCAGCGAUAUCCUGGUCUGCAUGGCCGUCAACGCUCAGCAAAUCGAUGACAUUCUCUUCAACCAUCAAAAGGGCGCCCUGCAAACAUUACCGGAGAACGCAACCGUGCUGCUCUGCUCGACCGUUCCGCCCACGUACCACGAGACGCUAUCGUCUCGCAUCGCCGCGGCGGGCCGGCCAGACGUCCUCAUCGUCGACAGCCCCGUCUCCGGCGGCACGAAGCGCGCAGCCGACGGCACGCUGAGCAUCUUCGCCUCGGGUGCCCCCGAGGCCCUGCAGCGCGCCGAUGGAAUCCUGCGCGACAUGUCGGAGAAGCUGUACAUCAUCCCCGGCGGCCCGGGCGCCGGGAGCAAGAUCAAGAUGGUCAACCAGCUCCUCGUCGGCACGCACAUCGCUGCGGCCUCCGAGGCCAUGGGCCUGGCGGCCAAGGCCGGCCUCAACACCCGUGAGGUGUACAACAUCAUCACAAACGCCGCCGGCAACUCGUGGGCCUUUGAGAACCGCGUGCCGCACAUGCUGGAUGGCGACUGGACGCCUCUUUCUGCCCUCAACAUCUUCGUCAAAGACAUGGGCAUCGUCGUAUCCACGGCAAGGACUCUGCAGUUUCCAGUACCUCUCGCAUCCGUCGCCGAGCAGCUGUACAUCUCGGGUGCUGCCCACGGCUACGGCGCCGAGGACGACUCCGGUCUCGUCCGCGUCUUCCUCCCCGGCGCUCAGAACAUCGUCAAAGAGCAGGCCCAGGCUGUCAAGCUGACGACCCAAGAGAAGCUGACGCCGAGCAGCACGCCUCUGGAAAUCUCAAAGAUUGGCAUGGUCGGCUUGGGAGCCAUGGGCCAGGGCAUGGCCGGCUCGCUCCUUCGCGCCGGCUUCGCUGUCCACGGCUACGAUGUCUACGAGCCCGCCGUUGACAAGUUCGUGUCCAACGGAGGCAACGCGUCCAGGGCCGCCAGUCCCGCCGAGGCCGCCAAGGGCGCAGACAUCCUGGUUCUGAUGGUACAAAACGCGGCGCAAGCUGACGACGUCCUGUUCGGCUCCGGUCACGCCGCCGAUGCUCUACCCGACGGCGCCAUUGUCGUCCUGAGCUCGACGGUGCCGCCCUCGUUUAUGAGGGACCUGGAGAGCAAACUAACAAACCUCGGCAAGGGCAUCAGUCUCAUCGAUGCCCCGGUCAGCGGCGGCGUCGUCCGCGCUGCAAACGGCACCCUCACAAUCAUUUGCUCUGGCGACGAUGCUGUGCUCUCCAAGAUCAACGGCCCCCUGCUGGCCAUGACGGGAACUUCCAGCAAUCUGUGCCACGUUCAGGGAGGUGUCGGCGCCGCUUCUUCCGUCAAGUUGAUCAACCAGCUGCUGGCCGGCGUCCACAUCGCCGCCGCUGCCGAGGCUAUGGCGUUUGCCGCCCGUCUCGGCCUCGACACAAGGCGCGCAUUUGAGAUCCUCGGAAGUGCCGCCGCGUGGAGUUGGAUGUUUGAGAACAGAGUGCCACAGAUGCUCGACGCCGACUGGACACCGCACUCCGCUCUCGCAAUCUUCGUCAAAGACCUCGGCAUUGUCCUCGACGAAGCGAAACGCCUUACCUACUUCGCCCCGAUUUCAUCUGCAGCACACACCUUGUACCUUUCGGGCGCCUCGCAUGGGUGGACGAAGGAGUCCGACGCCGGUGUUGUACGAUUGUGGGAACUGGCCGGGCUAUCUGUCUCGGGAAACGCUGGACCCAAGGCCCAAGAAACCACGCAAGAAGCUCAGGAGGAUGAGCUGGAGGUCGAAGCAGGCCAGGAGGAGGGCCUUCCGGCACAAAAGACAAUUGAGUCGCUGCCCAAGGAAUACUCGGGAGACGUCAUCAGCUCGACGCGGAAAGUGGUCGACAAUGGCGAAGUCCCGGUUCUCGUGGUGCUCGACGAUGAUCCAACCGGCACGCAAACCUGCCACAACAUCGACGUCCUGACGGUGUGGGAUGCCGCAACUCUGGAAUACGAGUUCAGCCUCGACCCCACUGGUUUCUUCAUCCUGACCAAUUCGCGAGCCCUGCCUUCCGCCGAGGCCAAGCAGCUCAUCCUCGAGAUCUGCCAGAAUGUAAAACAAGCAGCGGAGAAGUGCGGCAAGGCGUUUGAGAUUGUCCUGCGCGGAGACUCGACCCUGAGAGGCCACCUACCAGAAGAGCCAGAGGCGGCCGAAGAGGCGCUCGGCAAGUUUGAUGCGUGGGUCAUCACACCCUUCUUUUACCAGGGCGGCCGAUACACCAUCAACGACGUGCACUACGUCAAGGAGGGCGAUGUGCUGGUGCCUGCCAGCCAAACGCCAUUUGCCCAAGACGCCACGUUCGGGUACAGGAACUCCAACCUGCGAAAGUACGUCCUCGAGAAGUGCGGUUCGCGGUUCGAUGAGUCGUCGUUCCUUUCCGUCACCCUGGAUGAUAUCCGUGUUGGGGGUCCCGCAGGUGUCACCAAGAAACUCCUGUCGGUGGCGCCCGGCUCCAACACGGUUGUCAUCGUCAACGCUGCAGCAGAGUCGGACAUGCACGUUUUUGUGGCGGGCCUUCUCGAGGCCGAGAAGGAGGGAAGACGGUAUCUGUACCGCACGGGCGCCGCCUUCGUCUCCUCCCGCCUGGGGAUCACGGGAAUCCCGCCCCUGACAAUGGCGGACCUCGGGGUGUCGGUCACGGCGGGGACCAAGCAACCAGGCGGAUUGAUUGUGGCCGGCUCGUACGUGCCCAAGACGACAGCACAGCUCAAGGUGCUCCGAGAGAGGCGAGGCGACAAACUGACAGUCAUCGAGCUCGACGUUGCCGGACUGAUCGAAUCGGAAGAGGCGGCCGAGAAGGUUGUCACGGCUGCAGCGGCCGAGACGGCGUCGAAGCUGAGUGCCGGCGAGGACGUGCUCGUCAUGACGUCGCGAAAGCUGAUCAAGGGCGGCGAUGCGCUCAGCUCGCUCCAGAUCGGAUCCAAGGUCGCGCGUGCCCUGGUUCAGCUGGUGGAGAAGAUUGACGUUCGACCGCGGUAUCUGAUUGCCAAGGGCGGCAUCACCUCAUCUGAUGCGGCGACCAAGGGGCUGAAGAUGAGACGGGCGCGCAUCCUGGGCCAAGCUGCGCCUGGUGUCCCGCUCUGGAGGUGCGAUGAAGAAACGAGCCGGCAUCGCGGGGUGCCAUACGUCGUGUUCCCGGGCAAUGUUGGCAGUGACAGCACGCUCGCCGAGGUUGUCGAGUCGUGGUCGAUUGAGAAUGUGGCGUAA